AUUGUCUGAUAAUAUUCUUUAUACCUUACCUAUGUCACGAGUAAGUUCAAUCCAUCUUCACAUUUAUUUUUCAGAUCGUCAAACGUUUGUGUGCCCAUUUCUCCCACAUGGCCAUGGCGGUGGUUGACUCCAUGGUCUUCCUAUUCCUAUUAGCGGUGGCUCUGCUCUUCAACCCGGCAGCUUCACAGGCAACUGGAUACACCAACCACACCGUUGGUGGUCCAGCUGGUUGGUUCUUUAACAUCGCCACUCAAAAGCCUUCAGCUGAUUACUCUGCUUGGGUUGCUAAACAGACCUUCAAUCUUGGUGAUUCUUUGGUAUUUAAUACAAACACCAACCAGACAGUUAUUCAAACAUACAAUAAGACCACAUAUAUGAACUGCACCGUGGAUUAUGAUUCAAAUGAUGACACAUUUCAGUAUCAAGGAGGCAGCAAUGAAUUUGGGAGAGCGAUGACAAUUACUGUUUCAUUGACCAUCGAGGGCCAACAAUACUAUUUCUCUGAUGCUUAUGAUGGGACUCAGUGCCUGAAUGGCAUGGCAUUCGAGAUCAAAGUGGGGCAUGGUAUAGGACUUCCUCCGAGCCUCAACCAACCACCUCCUCCACCCUAUGUGGAACCACCAUCCACCAUUGAAAAUGCCGAGUCACCGCCUAUCACCGUGGUAACCAGCAGCCCUAACGGUGGUGUGAGGAACAGUGCUGGACUCUUCUUGGUAGUUUCUGUACUUGUAAUGUUGGUGUUGCAUUUGGUCUGAGGUGGAAAGCUAUACUUCCUAGUUCUUUUUAGGAUCUGGAUAGCUCGGAGACAGAUCCAGUGUUGGAGCUAUCCUUAUAUUGUUUAGAAAUAAGAGAAGGGAAAGGAGUUAAUUCAAAUUAUUACAGGUUUUUGUAUUGUAACAUAUUAUCACAUUUUUCAUUCAAUUGUCCUGUAUUUACACAGGCUGUUAUAUGGAGCAAUGUACUUUAGUCAAGAAUAUUCUAAUAAAACUUCCUGAUGAUUUUGUGACU